UGGGAGCGGGUUGCCGCUACGGAGUGUUGUGACUGGGACAUCUGGUGUUGUUGUUGUAGCUUGAUGAAGGCGGCGAGAGUGGAGGUGGUGGAGGCUGGGGCCAGCUGAGCACAGCCAUGAGCGACACUGUCGAGAAGAUGCUCAACCAGGCGGCCUUAGAAGCCCUCUACUCCGCUACUUACGUUGAUAACUUCCUGGAUACUGUAGAGAACCUACCAGAUGAAGUUCAAAGAGAGAUAUCGAGUAUGAGGGAGCUGGAUGUCCGAUAUCAGGCCCUUUUACAAGAUAUGGAAGGACUUCGUGGACAGCUGGAAGGAGAACUCGACUCAAUCUCACUAAAACGUAUAAUGGUUCAGAUCCAGGAUAAACUUAUUUCAACUCAAGAAAUUGGAGAUGACAAGUUGCAAAUUGUACAGCAUAUUCUUGAUAUCAUUGAGAACAGACAGAGGCAGCUUGAAUUAGAUUGUAAAAACUUAGACUUUGGCCAAGAACCAGAAAAGCCUGAAGCAUCCAAAGAUGUGCAGCCAGAAAGAGCCAGCAAGCGGGCACGGAGGACCAGGAAUGAUCAUGCGUCAAAUCAUAAUGAAAAUUCCAACGAUGCUCCUGCCACACCUCACAUAGAGAAGGUGCCAACAAACAAGAGCGCAGCUCAGAAGAAGACUACGAAGAAGAAGAAGCGCAAGGCAAGAGUCGAGAGAGAGCGAGAAGAUUCACCCACAGAAAUUCCCAUUGACCCAGACGAGCCAACCUAUUGCCUUUGUGAACAGGUUUCAUAUGGAGAGAUGAUUGGUUGUGAUAACGACUUGUGCCCAAUUGAAUGGUUCCAUUUCUCGUGUGUGGGACUGACCAACAAGCCGAAGGGGAAAUGGUUCUGCCCGAAGUGCAGGGGAGAGAAGCCAACUGUCAUGAAACCCCGCGCACAGUUCUUGAAGGAACUGGAGAAGUACAAUAAGGAGAAGGAGGAAAAAUCCUAAACAUCUUGAAGUUUUGUGACAAGUUGGUUAGGAUUGUGUAUAUAUAUAUAGUUUUUAAAGAUUUUAUGUAUAUUUCAGAAAAUGAUUAUAUAGUAUAGUGUCAUACAUUAGUAUUAUAUGCAUAUUGCACAUCUUCUGUGGGUCCAUUUCAUCUUCAGUAAUAUCUCAUUAUUUAAUAUCUAAUUAAUACUACCCCAUUUUUGUGCUGGGUUAUGUUUUAGUCGUGUAAGUCCAAGAUCGCUCGGAUUCCUUACUCGGUACUGUACAUCUACACUACAAGUAACCCUCUCCGUCUCGUGUAGUUUUAUUCAUUUAGACUGUAGUACGUUUCUCAUUUUCUCCAAUUUACAGCUUGAUCUCAAAUUUUUGUGAAUUCUUGAAACUAAUAUACCUAGCAGUAAAAUAGGUACCUGGGAGUUAGUCAGCUGUCACAGGCUGCUUCCUGGGGGUGGAGGCCUGGUCGAGGACCGGGCCGCGGGGACACUAAAGCUCCGAAAUCAUCUCAAGAUAACCUCAAGAUAACCAUUGCUCUGAAUUCAUCUAAUUUAUGAUAUUGUCCUGAAAAUAUUUGACUCUUUUUGUUACUGUGACAUUUUAUGAAAUUUUAUUUUGAUACUGUAUUUUUUUAAUGCUAAUACAAUACUACUGUAUUAGGGUUUGAUAUAAUACACUAAAAAAGUGACUUUUCACCACUUGCCGCAUAGUUACCAGUGAUAGUAUAAUAUCCAUUUUGUUGCUGUAUUUGUCAGUAAAUAAUUACAACUUCACUUUAGAAAUGCUAAUGUGCGUAAAUGCAAUUAUUAUUAUUAUUAUUAUUAUUAUUAUUAUUAUUAUUAUUAUUAUUAUUAUUAUAAGGAUUCAUACAUAGAAAUAUGUAUUCAUAUUUAGCAUUUUGCAAUUUUUUGUUUUGGCUACCCAGUGAAAAAGUUCCAGACCUGGGGCCAGAUUCAUGAAGCAGUUACACAAGUACUUACGAACGUGUACAUCUUUCAUCAAUCUUUGACAGCUUUAGUUACAUUUAUCCAACAGUUUACAAGCAUGAUAACUUCCCAAUC